AAUGCUAGAAAGUAAAGCUUUCUUUCUUAUUCUUGCCUUUCAGUUGGGACGCGUUCUACGCAACUUUAAUAUUACCAAGAUUAGCGAUUUGGAGCUGAUCUCCAAUACCACCGAUCGCCUGGAUAUAACCUUCCACUUCUUUGGCGUCAAAGGGGACUCACAACGCAUUCGGGAUGCCAUUACUCGAAUGGUGGAACGGGGCAGGAUAGGGAACUUCACCCUGGUGGCCAACUUCCAUCACUUCGAUGAGAAUCCGCCUCUGAGUUUGCUGGAGCUGAGCGUCAAUCAACCGCAAGCGGGUGUACGCGAGGCCAGCGAGUUCAUCAUAUCCUGCACCGCCCAGGGCUCAUCACGGAUGCAGUUCCAAUGGUUCAAAGACGGAGCUGCGGUUAAUGCCAGUCGGGCGACGAGGGAAAUUUGGACCACAGUACUGCCGCCCGAAACCAAGGAUGUCUACACCGCCAUCCUGGGCGUCACCAAGGCGAGUCGGAUCGAUGAAGGCGUCUACAGCUGCAAGGUGAGAUUACUUACAAGUGUUUAA